CUCCAAACAACGCAGCAAACGGCAAUGCAAUUGUUUCUGAAGUCCGUGACCCGUACAAAUACAUUCUAGUGAUCGUUUUUCCUGCACAUAUAGUUUUAUAAAAGCAAGCGGUUCAGUGAUUUUACUUGUGCGGAUCUGUGGAUGAUUAAUUAUAAUUUUCCACAUCGCCAGUGAGAUUUAUUUCGUUGAUUGGUUUUUCUGUUAUCUGUGGGUAUAUUUUUCUUACUAAGCAAGAUGAGUCUGAACAAUAAUGCGAAUACGCCCGUAAUGCCCAGUGCACAGGCCUCUUCUAAACAAACCCAAGCAAUGGCCAAGCCCAUCGAUAGCCGCGCUGUGUCACGAAGAUUGCAGUCCGAGCUAAUGGCGUUGAUGAUGAGUGGUGAUCCUGGAAUUUCAGCAUUCCCAGAGGCAGAUAACAUGUUCUCCUGGGUUGGUACGAUAAAUGGUGGAAAAAAUACUGUUUACGAGGGACUGGUAUAUAAACUUUCUUUGCGUUUCCCAACAGAGUAUCCAUUCAAGCCUCCUCAAGUGAAAUUUGAGACAGAUUGCUACCAUCCAAAUAUUGACCAGCUUGGAAACAUCUGCCUUGAUAUUCUUCAGGAUAAAUGGUCAUCAGCAUAUGACGUUCGAACUGUGCUUUUGUCUAUUCAGAGCCUUUUGGGAGAGCCAAAUAAUGACUCCCCGUUGAAUAGUCAGGCAGCAUUACUAUGGAGCAAUCAAGAAGAAUUUAAGAAGAAUGUGCUAAAGCAUUAUAAGGAUGCUGGUGGUCAAUAAUUUCUGAUUCCAGCAUGAUGCCAUCAAUUUAACAAAUUAUUCUUUUUGUAUGAUGCCAUCAAUUGUUUGAAGAUGUUAUCUGGGUCAUUUUUUCAUGGAACUUAUAAUAGCCUGGAAGCUGCAAAUGGGAGCAUAUAUGUGAAAAAUUUCAGAGAAUCUUAUAAAGAAAUCAAGCAAAAUCUGUGAAAGAUAUGUUUGAUCGCUUGACUUGUGAACAUGUUUAAACAGAUAGAUGGAACUGCACACAAGAUCAAACUGAUUCGGUAGCAGGAUCUCCCUCUGCAUGGACAAUGGUGGCAUUAUAUAAUAUAUAUUCAUAGGGUUUCAUCUUUCUAGUAAUAUAUGUUCAUAGGAAAUGUGGCACCAUUGAUAGAUAUUUAAUAUUGCUUUUUUUUGUUGGAAGCAUUUUGAACAUUUGAUUAUUGAAUAUAAAAGUCAAGCUUUUUUUGAGA